AUGUCCGACGAACCGGACCAGAAGCUCACCAAUUACCGCCGCAACGCCUCCACCCUCAACGAUGCCAUCCAGAGCAUCGGCAUGGGCGCGUAUCAAUGGCAGCUCUUCGUGGUCAUUGGCUUUGGCUGGGCGAGUGACAAUCUCUGGCCCAUCGUGACCUCGCUCAUUCUGAGUCCCGUCACCGAGGAAUUCCAUAUCGCCAGUCCGCCCUUUCUGACCCUGGCGCAGAAUAUUGGUCUGCUGCUCGGGGCCGUCUUCUGGGGGUUUGGCUGCGACAUCUUCGGCCGGCGCUGGGCCUUCAAUCUGACCAUCGGCCUGACGGCGCUGUUUGGCCUGGUGGCCGCCGCCUCGCCCACCUUCGCCGCCGUCUGCGUCUUUACGGCGCUCUGGUCCAUCGGCGUGGGUGGCAAUCUGCCCGUCGACUCGGCCAUCUUUCUGGAAUUCCUGCCGGGGUCCCAUCAGUAUCUGCUCACCGUGCUGUCGGUCUACUGGGCGCUGGCCCAGCUCCUGGCCAAUCUCGUGGCCUGGCCGAUCCUGGGGAACCUGACCUGUCCCGACGCAGAGACCUGCACCCACCACAACAACAUGGGCUGGCGCUACUUUCUCAUCGCCAUGGGUGGGCUCGCGCUGGUCAUGUGUCUGAUCCGCUGGAUCUGCUUCACCCUCUACGAGUCCCCCAAGUUCCUCAUGGGCAAGGCCCGCUACCAAGAAGCCGUCGCCGUCGUGCACGAAGUCGCCCGCCGCAAUGGCCGAUCGUCCGCGCUCUCCGUGGACGACCUCCGCAUCGACCCGGACACCGAUCGCCAAGCGGUGCCGACCACCGACCUCGUCCGCCAGCGCCUCGAGAAGCUCAGUCUCACGCACAUCCGCGCGCUCUUUGACACCCCGCGCCGCGCCUGGUCCACGGCCCUCCUCAUCGUCGUCUGGGCCCUCAUCGGGUUGGGCUUCCCGCUCUACAACGCCUUCCUCCCGUACAUCCAGCAGACCAAGGGCGCGGAAUUCGGCGACGGCUCGGUCGCGCUCACGUACCGGAACUCGCUCAUCAUCGCCGCCGCCGGAUUGCCGGGCAGUCUCGUGGGCGGCGUCCUCGUCGAGAUCCCCUACCUGGGCCGCCGGGGCGCCAUCAGCUCCUCCGCCGUGCUGACCGGCGCCUUCCUGCUCGCCUCCACGACCGCCACGACCUCCGCGGCGCUCCUGGGCUGGAACUGCGCGUACAGCUUCACCAGCAGCGUGCUCUACGCCGUGCUGUACGCCUACACGCCCGAGCUGUUCCUGACCAAGGACCGCGGCACGGGGAAUGCCCUGACCGCCGCGGCGAACCGGGUGGGGGGGAUUUUGGCGCCGAUCAUCGCGCUCGUCGCCGACCUGCGGACCAGCGUGCCGGUGUAUGUGAGUGGGGGGUUGUUUGUGGUUGCCGGGCUGGUGGUGUUGCUGAUCGGGUAUGAGUCGCGGGGGAAAGCGAGUUUAUAA